CGAGUCUUUCCCAAGUCCAAGUACAUAGAAUCGUAGUUCCUGAGGGGUUGCCGACCUUUCAAAAAGUGGCGUUUGCUGCUGGGAAUCUGAAGCCUUCUAUCCCCUUCUCCAGAAACAAAGGAAGCAAAAAAUGAAUAAUUCGGCAGAACCCCUCCCCAUUCCCGACAAGAUGAACACGGAAGAUUCAUGUUCUUGUGGUACUGCAGCUGUUGUUACUGAGCCACAGUUUACUCAGCUAUUCAGGAAACUUUUGCAAAGAGAGGGUUUCCUGGACAGCAGUUACCGUGUGCAAAAGCUUCCUAAUGGUGCCAUGGCCUUGCCUGUGUUGGGCCAAAAGCUCACAGCAGAGCACCUGCAUCAGCUGAAGGAAAGUAUGCUGCCUGGGAAGACCUGUGCUCUAACAUGGAUUCUGAAUCCCGUUCCUUCAAAAGCGGCCCAAUUCCGGCCUCCCAUCCAGAAACUGUAUGAUGAGUUGCAGUGCCUGAUGUUGAGUCAUGGAGUUGCGUGGUCAAAAGAACUGGAGAGAGAUCUACCACGCUCCUGGCAACGGCAUGGGGAUCUGGUUCUGUUCAGUGAGGAGAGCUUCAGAGAACCCAUAUGGGGAGAGCUAGGACAAGAGCUCUGGGAAGUGGUUGCUGGUGCACUCGGGGCCCAACGUGUGGCAAAACGCGGACGUGUGCAGUCAGAUUUGUUUCGAUCCCCAACAGUGACCCUGUUGCUGGGGAAGGAUGGCUGGGUUGAACACGUAGAGAAUGGAAUUCGGUACAUGUUUGACGUGACACAGUGCAUGCUGUCUCCAGGAAACAUAACUGAGAAGCUGCGAAUAGCAUCUCUGAAGUGUGCUGGGGAAGUGUUGGUAGACCUCUACGCUGGGAUUGGCUAUUUCACCCUGCCAUACCUCAUUCAUGCUGGUGCUGCCUUUGUCCAUGCCUGUGAGUGGAACCCGCAUGCAGUGGAAGCACUGCAGAAGAAUUUGCAACUGAACCAUGUGCAGGAUCGGUGCCUCGUUCACCAGGGAGAUAAUCAGAAGCUGGAACUGUGGAAUGUGGCUGACAGGGUGAAUUUGGGACUGAUCCCCACAUCGGAGGCAGGAUGGCCAAUCGCCUGCCAGGUUUUGCGGAAAGACGUGGGUGGGAUCCUGCAUAUUCACCAGAAUGUGGAAUCCUUUCCAGUGAAUGCCCUUAGGCUGCACCACAAGCCACAUCAGGAUCAACCUCGUGAGCAGCUUCUGGUGCAAACGGUGUCCAACGUACAAGAGGACAGGGUGGCCCUUGGGGACUACGGUAUUCUGCAGGAUGAAGGAAGGAAGGACCUGGCUUUCUCAGCCAGGGGCAAGUGGCAAAGGUGGGCAGAGGACACAGCAACCCAGAUCAGGACUUUGCUUCAGGAUUUGGAUGGGAAGCAGUGGAGGACAAAAAUCCUGCACAUUGAGCAAGUGAAAUCUUACGCCCCUCAUGUGCACCACCUGGUCUUGGAUCUGGACUGCCGGCCCCUUAUGUAGCCCCUUCUCACCUUUGGAAUAUCCUGGAAGAAACCUAAAGGACCCCUCUGUCCUGCAAAUGGCAGACGGAAAGUGCUUUCACAGAGGAAGCAAAGGAUGGGAAGUGCAGUGGGGGUGGAAUAUUUGAUUCCAUCUAGUGCCCACCUUGCUGGUGCUAAGAAUAGCAAACUUUUAUUGUUUUCAUUGCCUUGUCAGGGCAGCAUAUUUUUUUAUUUGGCUGCCAGCCAGUUUCUAGUACAAGGACGUCUCUGAGUAGAUCAGGGUGAGGUAUUUGCCCUAGGGACCUAUUCAGCCCCCGGUGCUUUACCCAGGCAACACCUCUUCUUUAUAUUGUUUUAAUUUUAUUGGAGUUUCAUUACUUUUCAACAAGCAUCUUUUAACUUUUUGUAGUUUAUCUGUAUAGUUUCAAUUUGUGCAAGUCCUGGUCUGAGAAAACGGUGGGG